CUCUCGCCGCCUUCCAUCCUCUUUCACAGUCGGCGGCGGCGACUGCCUUAGCAGCAGGCGGCCCCUCCGGGAGGCCCGGCGGGAGCCGAGCGGCGGCCGCGGAGCGUCGAUCACAGCGCGGCGGAGGCGUCGGCGGCCCGGCAGCCAACAUGGCGGCGGCGGCGGCGGCGGGCGCGGGCCCAGAGAUGGUCCGCGGGCAGGUGUUCGACGUGGGUCCGCGCUACACCAAUCUCUCGUACAUCGGCGAGGGCGCCUACGGCAUGGUGUGCUCUGCUUAUGACAAUGUCAACAAAGUUCGAGUUGCUAUCAAGAAAAUCAGCCCUUUUGAGCAUCAGACCUACUGCCAGAGAACCCUGAGGGAGAUAAAAAUCUUACUGCGCUUCAGGCAUGAGAACAUCAUUGGCAUCAAUGAUAUUAUCCGUGCACCAACCAUCGAGCAGAUGAAGGAUGUAUACAUAGUACAGGACCUCAUGGAAACAGAUCUUUACAAGCUCUUGAAGACCCAACACCUCAGCAACGACCACAUCUGCUAUUUUCUCUACCAGAUUCUCAGAGGGUUAAAGUAUAUACACUCAGCCAAUGUUCUACACCGUGACCUCAAACCUUCCAACCUGCUGCUCAACACCACCUGUGAUCUCAAGAUCUGUGACUUUGGCCUGGCCCGUGUUGCAGACCCAGACCAUGAUCACACGGGCUUCCUAACAGAGUAUGUAGCCACACGUUGGUACAGGGCUCCAGAAAUCAUGUUGAAUUCCAAGGGCUACACCAAAUCCAUUGAUAUCUGGUCUGUUGGCUGCAUUCUCGCAGAGAUGCUCUCCAACAGGCCCAUCUUCCCCGGAAAGCACUAUCUCGACCAGCUGAACCACAUUCUAGGUAUUCUUGGAUCCCCAUCACAAGAAGACCUGAAUUGUAUAAUAAAUUUAAAAGCUAGAAACUAUUUACUUUCUCUUCCACACAAAAAUAAGGUGCCAUGGAACAGGCUGUUCCCAAAUGCUGAUUCCAAAGCGUUAGACUUACUGGAUAAGAUGUUGACUUUCAACCCUCACAAGAGGAUUGAAGUAGAACAGGCUCUGGCCCACCCAUAUCUGGAGCAGUAUUAUGACCCAAGCGAUGAGCCUAUCGCUGAAGCACCAUUCAAGUUUGACAUGGAAUUGGAUGACUUGCCCAAGGAAAAACUCAAAGAACUCAUAUUUGAAGAGACUGCAAGAUUCCAGCCAGGAUACAGAUCUUAAAUUUGUCAGGACCAGGGCUCCAAGGACAGGACGUCUCAGACAUUGGUGUUCUUCUUCCCACUUCUUGACCCUGGCCUUGUCUCCAGCCUGUCUCGGCUUACCCACCUUGACUCCUUUGAGCCAUUCAGAGGGGUGGUUUCUGGUAGUGUGGCUUUUAUGCUUUCAAAGAAUUCCUCAGUCCAGAGAAUUCAUCCCUGGCCCCUCUAUGUGUGUCACCACUGGUGACCUGCGGCAGUAUGGUCUCUGUGCCCCAACUGCUUACCAUUGCUUUAGUUAUUAAUCGCUUUCUGGUUUGAAAGAUGCAAUGGUUCCU